UCACCCCACAUUAAUUGGGGUAGGUGUGGAGUCGGUCUACAACAGCUUGAGCUUGCAGUUGCAGACUCGUCUGAAGCUCCGGAAAUGACUACCUCACAGGAAACAUCCUCUGUACACGCUACUUCACGCAAAAGCAGUGAUUCAGCAUCACCCACAAUGAUACACCACCGUCAGACAUUGCAGCUACCUCUUCCGAUUCCAGACAUCUUCUACUCCGCUGCUGGGGGUGCCCAUUACUCUGGAGCGCCUGUGUCUGAGGAUGACGAUCAAGUUAUCGUGUCUCCUGCCAAUGGAAAGCCCAGCCCACCCAUGGACGACAUGAUUCGAGAUCGCAUCAUGGUUGACCUGAAUGAACUCUACUGUUGUCGGCCGUCAAAGGAGAUUCUUGAGAGAACUUGGAGGCCCGAUGCAGUUUUUGAGGAUCCUUUGGUCAGAUGCGAGGGUUAUGCGCAAUAUGCUCCUCAGUGGUUUGCCAUGCCUAAGAUUUUUUCAAAGUCAGAGACAAUCUCGAGUCGAGUCAUGUCAUUUACUCGCUUGCCGAAACGUCUCAUCUACUCGCAAACGCAAGAAUAUACUUUACGGUACAUAGGAUUCAAAAAGCGAAUUGAGUCUAUCAUCGUGGUGGAUUUGGAUGAUGACGACAAGAUAAUACAUAUGGCAGACCAGUGGAACGGGGAGUCGUUGUCGUCUUGGUUUGGUGUCAAUCUCCUCAGACGCGCAAAUGCCCUUGUCACGCCAUGGUUCGUUGGUACCCCCAAAGCUUGAUGCUAAGGUACAGAGGUCGUCCGGACGUCAACUCUGAUGCUAUAUCGUAAUUCGCUAAGUGCUUGUUUCUCGG